CUUAGUGUUCAAUCAUUCAUUCGUUCAUUUCAUUGGUCAAGGGGUGUUAGGUGGUGGUGGAGUGGACUUGUUCAGUGAUUAUUAUGAAAAUGAAGGCUAUUUUGGUCCUUUUUUCUUGUUUUUUACUGUCUGUAUCAGCAUAUGAACUCUCCGAUGUAGUGUCUGCUAGAAUUGAGAGCUGCAGAGGAUGCUCACUAAACCGCCUUCCUGAAGUCAAAAGGUUUAUAUUAGAUGAUGCUCCAUUCUAUGAUCGUGUGGAGGUUAAAUUUAUCACUGGUGCUCCGCCAGAAUUGAUAUUGCUUGGAGAAAACGACCAGGAACUGGAGCGCCUCCCCCUUUCGCAACUUGGUCGACAGGAAUGUAAUGAUCUUAUAAAAAGUAAAGGUUUUUUCAAGAAAGACAAGAAGUCUGAAUUUUAAGCAGUAUUCCAUAAUUUAAUCAGUGAUCAACCACCAUUCCACUAGUUUUGUAAGAUAUACAUUUCAGUAACCUAAUACAGAUGUAACAAUAUCAAUGAUAAAUCGUUUAUAAAAUUAUUAUUCUAACAAAUUUUCAACAUCAUGUCAGCUUUUUGAAUCUGUGAUUGUAUUGUAGGAUGUUAUUGUUGAUAGUGGUGAAAAUAUGAACAAAUAGUGUACAGUAA